GGAACGAUUGCCCUGUGUGUAUUUUAAAGGGGCACCCUGUAACUUUUUGGUGAGAGUCCGCCACCUAAUCCAUGGAUAUGGGGCAGCUGCAGAGUUCUCCUGGACUGAAGCAAGUGCUGCAAGGCCCAACAAAGCUGCGGUGGACAGUCGAACUCUCCAUGAGGCUGUGAUGAAGCGCCUGUCUCCACCUCCUCAUGCGGUCAGAGAUCCAGGGAAGGCCCAGUACCUGCGCAGCACAGCUCCCUCUAGAGGUCUGGUACAGACGGACAGCCCAAACUUCUUGUGCAGCGGCCUUCCCCAGCACUGGAGAUGUAACAAGAGCCUCCCCAGGACAUUCACAGUGGUGGCGUUAGGGACUGAUGUGCCCGAUGGUGUGGUUGUUACACUCAUGGCAGGUAAUGAUGACAACUACAGUGCUGAACUUCGCAAUGCCACAACAACCAUGAAGCAUGGCUCUGCCCAUUUCACUGAUCUGCGCUUCCUUGGCCGAAGUGGUCGAGGUAAGAGCUUCACUCUGUCCAUCAACGUUUUGACCACACCUCCUCAAAUCGUCACUAUCCAGAGAGCCAUCAAAGUGACAGUGGACGGCCCUCGGCUGCCCCGGCGGCAGAGGCAGAGAGAGGUGAGGUCAGCAGUGAUCCGAGUGCCUCACAGCCGCAGCUCUUCCUCAGCAGAGUGUAAGGCCUACUCAUCUACAAUCUGGACCAAUGAGCCAUCAUUUCUGGGUCACAUGACAUCUCUGAGUUCCUCUCUGUCCCAGCACCUGCCACAUGCCUACACUCCUGCUACUGCAGCGUAUGGCUCUUACCUUCCCCCACCACAGCCACCUCCCCUAAGCCACAGUGGCUCUUUUUAUUAUGGAGCAAACCAGCAGCUCCAUGGGCCAGGGGAUGAGCGAGGCAUGGUCAACACACUAACCAAUUACAUUGAAGGAGCAUGUCUUUCUGUCAGAGGAGAGGAGCCUGUCUGGAGACCCUACUGAAAAAAGUUUUUCUGAAACUCAAUUUUUUUUUUGUACAAAACAAAUAAUAUUAAAGGUAAUAGGUUUCUUUCCUACUCUCUUGGCAACUGCUAGGACCUCUUGCCCUAUGUGCUAGCUAUAGCAGUGAUCUCAUUUUUGCUUUUUUUAUCCAUACCAUAAUGUUGUUUUAAACUUGCCAUCUGAAAAAGAGCACACAACUCCAGAGAACUAUGUCAUAUUAUAGACAUACAAUUAUUAUUUCAUACAUAGUUCUCUACAGUUGUAUGCUUCUGUAUCCUCCUGACCCACAACAUUGUUUUGCUUUUCAUCAGUAUUUUAUGUUUAAUCACAGUGUG